CGUAGAUAUAGUCACGCUCAUCAUGAGAUCUUGUGGACAUUAUUCCUGUUGAUGUCGGAGUAGGAGGACCCCUCAAAAUGAGCUUUUUUGGCUUUGGGCAGAGUGCUGAGAUUGACAUAGUUCUUGAUGGGCAGGAGAACAGAAGGACAGCUGAAAUCAAGACAGAAGAUGGGAAAAAGGAGAAAUAUUAUCUCUACUUCGAUGGUGAAACGGUUUCAGGAAAGGUGAAUGUAACUUUAAAAAAGAGCGGAAGCAAGUUGGAGCAUCAAGGCAUCAAAAUAGAAUUCAUAGGACAAAUAGAACUGUAUUACGAUAGAGGCAAUCAUCAUGAAUUCACAUCAUUGGUCAAAGAACUGGCGAGACCGGGGGACCUUACUCAGAACACCAGCUACAAUUUUGAAUUUUCACAAGUGGAGAAACCAUAUGAAUCUUACACAGGAGCCAAUGUCAGAUUACGGUAUUUCCUGAGGGUGACGAUAGUGAAGCGCAUCUCGGACACGGUGAAGGAACAAGACAUUGUGGUGCACACCCUGUCCCAGUACCCAGAGAUGAACUCCAGCAUCAAGAUGGAGGUGGGCAUCGAGGACUGUCUGCACAUUGAAUUUGAAUACAACAAAUCCAAGUACCAUUUAAAAGACGUUAUAGUCGGCAAGAUAUAUUUUCUCCUGGUAAGGAUUAAGAUUCGGUAUAUGGAGCUGGCUAUAGUGAGAAGGGAGACGACCGGGGCAGGUCCAAACACAUUUAACGAGAAUGAGACAAUAGCCAAAUACGAGAUAAUGGACGGAGCUCCUGUCAGAGGCGAGUCCAUUCCCAUCCGUCUGUUCCUGAGCGGCUACGAGCUGACCCCCACCAUGAGAGACAUCAACAAAAAAUUCUCUGUGAGAUAUUACCUCAACUUGGUGCUGGUGGACGAGGAGGAGAGGAGAUACUUUAAACAACAGGAGAUCACCAUCUUCCGGAGAGCGGACAAAGUGAGGAAGAACUACCAGGCGGCGUUGUCACAUCACAACCCUUCCUUACUGUCCGACGGGAGCAGUGCCCGAGCAGCGCAGCAGCAGCAGCAGCAACAGCAGGAACGACAACAGAACGAAGAGGCCGAGGAGGACGAAAAGGAGGAUGAAAAUGACGAAGAGGAGAAAUGAUACCAAUGUCGAGUUGUUUGAAUGAAUGCUCAAGAGUGAUUUUUGUGUAGAUUGAUUUUUGAAUGGGAGCAGGUCCCGUCGAGGGGAUAGAGAUACUCAAAUGCUUUUCUAGAUAUUGGGUUUAUUUGUGCACUCACAAAUUGGAAACUAUUGUAUGCCUUGUGUAUCCACAUGGCUUCAGCAUGUGAGAGGGUUUUUUUAUGGAGGGGUUGUUGGCUUAUUUAUUUUUUUUAACUAGUAGCUUGUAUAAGAAUUCAAAUACCAUCUCUUUAAUCAAAUCAGUUGAAUGAUAUGAGUUCAAAUCUAGUGGAUGGGAAAGCCAUGGGCAUGUGGGAAGAGAGAAGAAGUUCACGAUUCACACACCAAUUUUCAUGACUUUGUUUGGGUGCUACUACUUGGCUUAGCUCUACGAUUUUGCUACUCUUGAGAGUUCAGCUUUUAUUAGCCAAAAUGAAGGCGUGUUUUCCUAACGAGAUUGACAUAAGACAUCUUCAAGGGUGCACGUCUAGAAAAUGUCAAAUAUCCAUGCAACUUUGUGGCUAACGAAGAAGUCUGUGAUCAAAUUGAGGAUGGAGUGCGAAAGAUGAACUAUUUGUGGUGUCUCGGGUGUCGAGUGGGAGAUUUGUUCAGGCAGGUCUAGAACGACGGUCGGACAACAGUAGUCAUUGGUAGGUGGACACCGCUGUCUGUAUAUAAGUCUGAUCAUGAUGUGUGUGAGUGUGACCGAAACGUUUGAAAACUGCUUAAAAUGCUGCGUGGUGGAUCGGACAGUGGGGAGCGUCUGUGGAGAAGGAAUGUUGUUCUUGCCUUGUGUUCUGACUAGCGUUUUGUUGUAGGUAGAGAUUAGUUUUGCUUCUUUUGACCUCUUCACUGCUGUGUGCGUGUUUAUCCGUACACAUCUUUAUCAAAACGGAUUCAAAGCUUUUAAAAAAAAUCUGAUUGAAUUUUAUUUGAUUGAAAAUUUUUUAUUAAAAAAAAAAAUAAAGGUAUUUAUGGGAUGUGGUAGGAGAAAAUGUAAUCAUUUUGUGGCUUGCGCAGUGCUUCAGUGUCCGGGUAAAGUGGAAACAUUUAUUACAUUGCUUUUAGUUCUUUUGAACAGACAUGUUAUCAUGGUCCUACUUCAUAUAAAGAGAAACAGUUCAGCAGUGAAGAAGUUGAAGUCGAAGGUAGACAACUGUUGUGAUUUUGUUGUAUGUGUGUGUGGGUGGGUGAUUUGCUCUUGAAAUGGUCGGCGAACAAAAUGCAAAAAUGUGGAUGUAUACGGAGGGCGUUGCCUAAACCACGUCCAACAAACUUGUGUUCUGUCAACUUGUGCUCUAGAGAUGCUGGCAUAGCGUCUGCACUGAUGGGGCCUCCUGAUUUAUCCAUGUACAUACCUUCAGGUGCAUUUUAUGGAAUGUAUGUCACAGAAACAUAAUUUGAUUAGGGGUUUUUGAUUGCUACUUCCUUGAUAUGUUACUCUAGUUUUGUGGACUGUAUACUAUAGCAUGUACUCAAUAAUUCCGUACGCACUGCUGCGUGCUGCAGUGAAGAUCGAGGGCGGAUCUUUUCAGAAAAUAUGAGAGUCCUGUGUGUUCGGGUCUGCCAUCUUGUAAACAUGUCAUUAUUUAUGUCAUGUUAUUAACAGACUACUCAAAUGUUGAGGAUUAUAAUGUGUGGCUCACAGAGUUUUCUGUGGUAUUUGGGAGGGAGGAGAAAGAAGAAAAAAAAAAGGUCUUUAAAAAUAAGUUUUGUUUUGCGAGCUUGAGACUUGUGUGUCGUGUCCAAGUGUUUGUGGCAGCGAGCUGGUGUGGACUAUGAAUGGACGGACACGGUGUGAGCGUGUGGUAUGUGGGCGGCUGCUUGGCUGAUGCUGUUGUACAAUUUUUGUAAUAUUUAAUGAUUCAUUUGUCUUUGAAAAGCUUUGAGGAGUUCUUCUUAUGUGAGCAGAAAUAUAAUGUGAUCCAGCUUUUUUCCAUUCCGUUGAUCGAGUUGUUUUGUCCUAAAAUGUUAACAUGUGUGUGUUUGAAAUUUAUUGUGCGACUGGCAUACUAGUGUGAAUAGAAACCUGGCAAGUUGUCUAAGGUGCCAGGUUGUCAUGCCAUCGUCUGCCAGUUGGAGAAAGAAAGGACCAAGUUGCUGCAUGAUUAAAGACAGGAUUGACGGCAAGUUGUCAGGGGGGAUUUUGUUAGAAUCUUUGUUUGUGUGCAGUAGUGAAUGUGAAUCUGUGUGUGUGUGUGUAGACUCGUGUUGGACAUUAUGGGGGACUCUUUGCUAUGCUGCUGGAUCUUUUUGUCUCAAAUUGCCUUGAGAGUCGAUGUAUGUUGGCCCUCACUCUUUCUUUCUCUCUCCCUCUCCCCCUUCUUUCUCCCUCUCUGUCUCUCUCUCUGUCUCUCCCUCUCUCUCUCUGUCUCUUUCUCUCUCAGUCUCUCUCUCUCUUUCUCUCUCUCUUUUGUGUGUGUUUGUGUUCAAAAUUACAUUGAGUUGCUGGAAGUCUCAUUGUCAAAAAUUUUCUUGGGGUUUAAAAAAAAAUCUCGUAUGAAAUUGUUCAAGGUUUUGUUGAAUCAAACAAAAUAGGUAGGCUUCUUAAAGAAGAUUUUUUAAAUACUAAUACUCUUUUGCAUCUUGAACAGGAGACACAAUCAUGUACAGGGCUAGUCGUUUGUGCCACAAAUAUUUUUCCAUAUCAAUUUUUUCCCUCCGUGUUUGAUAAUUAUUUCCUAAUGAAAUGCUGGUGGUGCAGGUGGAGUUUUGUUACAAAGAAACACUGUUGUGUCGGGGGCUUGUACUUGUAGUGGCUGGAUGGAUGCAGGGAGAUAUAAGGACUGGAUCCCCUGUUGGUUUUGUCUGAUAUGGACACAGAUAUGAUUAAUUGUUGUUUGUUUAUCAUCAUGGUCACAACCAGUCGCCCAAAUCAAUUUUUUUUUUUCAGGUUUCUAAAUUAUUAGUAUGGUAAAAAUGCCUGUUAUACUAGUGUUUCUUACCCUCAACACAGCAUGACUUUGCUUCGUGAACUGAAAAUCUAAUUAUUGAGACAUUUUCACUUUUGCUUCAGUCAUCGGGUAAGCGCUAUUUUCCAACAAAUUUUUUUUCUCCAAAUAGCAAAAGAUGACAGCUGCGAUGUUAUGAUGGAAAUUCUAAAUCGAAAAAAAGGGGGUCAAGAUGAUUAGUUUGUAGUCGCAGAUGUGUACAUAAUAUAUUAUGUUCUUGUAGGCCAAUCAGUUCCUCUUUUCAGGUACCUCGCAGCUCAAGGACAUGGUGAACGGGUGGUCGAAGGGUGUUCUGGUGUGGUCUGCCUUUUCUACUUCUUUUCAAUGUUUCUCUUUUUCUCAAUUAACUUCUUGUUCGUUUGCAAAGUGUGGCUUGUUGUCAGGUUGGCUCUCUGUGAACGAUGACUCGACCGUUAUGUUCUCACGCCUUGGACCCUUUCUGUAAUUUUCUGUAAUUUGUGUCACAGAGUUUUUCCUACAACUACAAUCAGUCUUUGGACGGACUUUCACUGUUCUCAUUCUGCCGUCAAUCUUUAUAGAACUGGCGUUCACGUUUAAUAUAAGUAUAGCGAGGCUGUGUGCUGACGGCUCAGGAGCUGAACUUCUCUUACAUAAUAAUGACAGUUGUUACAUUAUGUCCGCUGUCUCCAGUAACUGACAUCUGGUUGUGAAUUGCUUUAGUGGCGUUUUUUUGAGCCAAUUAUUCUUACUACACGCAGGCCAGUAGUGCUCGGCACAGGUUUUUUUUUUCUCAAUUUUUUUUUUUCCUAGAUGAGGAAAUCAUUAAUUUAUUGUGUGCUGCAUGCACCAAAGGUAGGAUGACUUUGAAAUUUAGGGAUUUUGGUGUCUGGAAAAAUGCAGGGGUUUACUGUACUGAAACGUUAUAUGAAAUUGUGCAAAAACGGGACCUUAUGCUCUUGUGCGCACACUACGAACAUUUUAGUAAAUAGGCUGAGUGUGACUGCUUUGCCCUUCAAAAGCAGAGAGUUCUAACAACGCAUUUCAUGAUUUUUAGAUGAAUGCAAAAAUAACUUUGAAUUCUUAGCAUCUGUUAAAGUUGUGAAGUGAAUUCUCUUAAACAUUGGCGUUUAGAAAUGAAGAUGCGUUACUCUGCUGCUAUAGACUAUGGGAUUGAAAUUGGUCACUUAUGUAGCUUUACCACUUUGAAAGCUACUGUUUUUGGAUGUAGAUAUGUCAUCUUGCCUUUGACACACGAAGGAUUAUAUGAGCAAGACCAGUGUAAAAAAACCCAAUAAAACAAAAAAUGUUGAUUUUGUCAGAUACGUCGCUAUGCCAUGGUAUGGUAUCACUGUAGCAAAACAAAACCAAAACCCAAACAUAGUUUAGUGCCUGUUUUCCCUGCACCCCCCUCCCCCCCUCCCAUAUAUACUCACAGAUACUAGUACCACCCGCCCGUCUCUCGUCAUCCUGUACCCAGGUAUAGUUUACAGUACACACACUAUGGAUGAGGGCACUCACCCUGUGUGUAUGCGUUAUCAUGUGUGUACAUGUGUGCGUUUGCAUGUGUGUAUGUGUGUGCACGGGAGAGAGAAGCAGGUGAAAUUUUCACUGUCCUUGUUUGCAGCCAUGAUGUCUCCUUGUGAUAGCUCCUGGAACAGACGUGCAAGAUGCCAGUGUAGAGUGAGCAGAAGUCAAAUAAAAUACUUGCUUCCCAUUGGUUACUUUUCACUCCGAGGCUGUCACCUGAUGGAAUGUCAGAACAUGUUCUGUGCAAUAAAGUUAUCAUCAAUUGA